AUGGGAGUAUGCUGCCCAAAAGAAUACAAAAUGCUUCGACCCAAAACAGCAAGACAGCUUGAUAAACCUGAAAUUUCAAAUUCAUCUAGGUUAGAACGUAUUAUUACAAUUAGGAAUUAACACUCGUUAUGAAUUUAUAAAAGUUAUAGGAUGUGGGCAAUUCGGGACUGUGCGCGAAGCCAGAAUGGUCGGCUAUGAUAUAGAAAAUAAUUGCAAGCAUUUUGCUAUUAAAUCUAUCAAUAAAGUAAGAGUUAUGAAAAAUCUCAAAUUGAUGAAAAACGAAAUCUCAAUUUUAAUGCUCGUUGAUCACCCUAACAUUAUAAAACUCUAUGAAACCUAUGAAGAUGACAUGUAUAUUCACUUACUCCCCCUUUCCGUGAGUGAACAAAACUAUUUGAAAAAUCCUUAUUUUUUGGGUAACCUCCCUCCGUAAUAAAAAUUAUUUUAAUAGAAAAUUUUUUUAUGAGAAAAAUAUUUCUGUUUAAUUUUAAACAGCUUGCAUUUUGAAACAUAACUUUCAAAAUUAAAUUAAUAUAUUACUUUCCAAUUUUUGCGAAUUGGAAAUUUUGAAAAACAAUUUAUUAUAAAAUUUAAUAUUAAUUUUAAAAAAAACUAAACCCAAUCUGUGAGCAAACAAAAUUUUUUUGUUUCAUACUUAGUGGGAAGAGUUAGUUAUGGAGUUGUGCACAGGUGGAGAUUUAUUCGAGCAUUUGAUGGUCAGAGGCAGUUUAACUGAGCUAGAGGUAGCUCAAAUUAUGAGGAAAAUAUUCACAGCAGUUAAUCACUUACAUAAUAUUAAUAUAUGCCAUAGAGAUAUAAAGCCUGAAAAUUUUCUGGUUUCAAGCAAAGAUAAUGAUGCUGAUAUAAAAAUGAUUGAUUUUGGAAUGUCAGCGAAAUUUGGAGGUGAAGAGAUGAAUACAAUAGUAGGGACUCCUUACUAUUUAGCUCCAGAAGUGUUGAGAGGCUCAUAUGGUUUAGAAUGUGAUGUUUGAUCCCUAGGUGUAGUCAUGUUUUUUCUACUUGUUGGACAACAGCCAUUUAAAGGAGAUUCUUUAAAUGAAAUUUUCCAAAAAAUUGUGAAAGCAGAUUUUGAUUUUUCUGAUCCAAGUUGAGAAAUGGUAAAAAAUUAAAAUUUUUUUUUUUUGUUUCCAUGCUAUUUUUCUCAUGAUAAUAAUAACUAAAAUAAUUGAUUAAAAAACAAAUUAAUAAAAAAACCAUUGAGAAAUUAUUUCAGAUGAAGCCAAAAUUUUGAUCUCAAAAAUGCUUAUUGUUAAUCCUGAUUACCGAAUUUCUUUACAAGAUGCUUUAUCUCAUGAAUGAUUUGUAAAUAAUUUAUCAAAUUCGCAUCAAGAAAUUAAGCUGGAAGUCUUUAAAUCAAUAAAGCGAUAUAGAGCCCCAAGUAAGCUGUGACAUGAAGCUAUGAAAAUUUUGGUGCAAAAUUUAUCAGCUGAUCAAAUAAAAGAAUUGCAGAGUGCUUUUCUAGAAAUCGACCAGAGGAAAACUGGCUUUGUAACUGCUAAAGAUAUUGAAGCUGCAAUGAUCCGCAAUGGCUUUUUUUUAGCGCGCGACGAAUUUAAAGCCCUUGUACAGAGUAUAAAUUACGUCGGAAAAGGAAAAUUAAAUUACACACAGUUUUUAAUUGCUUCAGUUGAUAAGAGGCGAGCCCUUGAUGAAGAAUCAAUGUGGCUAGUUUUUAAGCAUUUUGAUCUUGUACUAUAUAUAUAUAAUGGCAUUCGGUGCGAGAGAAGUUAGAUCUGCUAAAUUCUCUUUAUCAUGGGAUUGUAUCAGUUUUGCCGGUGAAAUUUCAUCAACAAUAUCAAGACGGCUCAUCGGAUAAGAUGAUAGCCCUGAUCCAGAGGGAAUAAAGAGACAUAGGUUUUUGAUGUUUGACACUCCAGAGGAAGGAGAAUCUUAGUUGAACAAACGCUAAUAUCACCUUCAACUCGAUAAAUAGUGGCGCAGAAAAUGCUGGGCUGAUGCUACUGCUAUUCUUGUUAGCCCAUGUGGUUUUUGUAAUUAAUUGUGAAUCGGACGACAUGCUAAGCACUCUAAUUAAUUUAAGUUUAAGAUCUUGUAAACUCUAAUUAGGAUCGGAAUGGGACUAUAAGUGUUGAUGAAUUGAAGUUUGCAUUGGAAAAAGCAGGGUGCUACCUAUCAGACACUGAAUAUAAAGAAAUUAUAGAUGAGUUUGAACUAAAAGCAGGUGAAACUAUGAAUUUUGAAGAAUUUAAAGAAAUUAUGCUAUGUAUUGGCUAUUUAGGCUUUGAAGAUCGGUCUUUGGUAUGCACCGAACAAGAAGAUCAAUUUGUGGAGGCUCCUAGAAGAGGAAUGAGAAGACUUUCACAGAGAUUGCUUAUGCAAAGGAAAACAAUCAUCGAGCCAAAGAAAAAGAAAAGAGUUACAGAUUAA